AGUUACCCCUGUUUCUAAACCCAAGUCUAUAUUUGACCACCUUGGAUUGGUGAAGAAACCCUCUGAAUUGGGGAGUCCUACAACAGAACAGCCUAGAUCACAACCAGGACCUCUCAGUAAGAAGACCUCUGAGGAAGAUGCAACUGAGAGUUCUGGUGAAGUUGUUCAUGGUGUUAUUGAAGAAUUAGUUGAUACAGUCUUCCCAGCUGAAGCAGCAGCCCAGGAUGCCCUUACUGUCAUCUUGGACACUGUUGAUAGUACAGUCAGUAGGAAGUCAGUAAGUUCACCAGUCAACAUGGUCAAGGAUAGCAAGCCUGUUGACAAAGAUGAAACUGUGGAAGAGGAGGAUUUCACAGACCCCAAUACAGGAGAAAUGAUACCUAAAGAGU